AUGCAAAGCCCGACCACCUCAAUCGUGCUCUCCCUCUCUCUACGAUUCAGCUUCUAUGUUGUUUCUUUCUCUCUCUGCGAGCCCAAAACUCCGACAUCGGCGAGCCAAAACUCCGACAUCGGCGAUGAAUCGGCAAGUUUGUCGAGGAAGGAGAGACGGCUGGAUAUAGUGAGUUUUCCUGACGAUGGCGAUCUUUUCCUCAGAGAGGUUUCAACAGGGGAAAGAAGGAGGAGUGUUGUGGGAGUGACGGAAGUGAUGCUGAAACAGGAGGCGAUGGAGCAAGAAGUAAAAUUACUUGAGAAUCUCAAUCAGAUAUACUCUGGCUUGCCCGGAAUGUUGGGCUCCUCUUCUUCGGAUACUCCUUCUUCGUCAUCGUCUUCGGCAAUAAGAGCUUGGAGGACUGCCUUUCUGACUCUCCGGGACGAAACCCUAACGAGCAGGCCUAAAUCGAAGUCAAUAACGCAACUUCUCAAUGAUCUCAUUUUCUCUCAUUUCCGGGCUCUCAUGUCUGCCGCCCCCGACCUUCCUCCUCACGAGGUGACCUCUGAUCUGCUGUUCUUAAUGGAACUGGCUGCAAGUUCUCCAGGCGGCCAAGAUGUGUCACCUAUCUAUGUUUAUGUUUCCUCUUUGGUGCAUGCAUAUUUGCAAGCUUCAACGUGUGACUCUUCAAUUGAAUUCUUCUUCUUGGGUUGUUGUGAUCAACUGUUUCUCCGCUAUGGUGCACUUCUUCCUCGGCCAAGCUGGUUCCAGACCCCAAUUUUCGUUGGGGCACGCUGUGGAAUGCUUGGGGACCGUAAGAUGUCUGGCCUCCAUCUAUUAGCCGAAAAGUUUGCUAUCAGAUGA